AUGUAUCCGCUUAACCCAUAUUUCGGCUUAGCUCCUCAAUAUUAUGGAUUUGUUGGUAUUGCUCCAAUGGCAACUAUGGCUAUACCACCCCCACCGCUGGUCGCUGUCCCGCCGGUAAUCCCAACGGCAGCCGCGGCGGUUGCAGCUACAGUUACCGAGACUCCUAUGUAUGUUCGAGAAAAGCCCCCAGUCACUACAGUUUUUGUCGGCAACAUAGCCGAAUGUGCUCCAGACCAACUUAUUAAAACUCUCUUGAUGCGUUGUGGGAAUAUUCUCAGCUGGAAGCGAGUUCAAGGCGCAUCUGGUAAACUCCAAGCUUUUGGGUUUUGUGAAUACGAAGAUCCUGAGUCGACAAUGAGAUGUGUCCGUCUCCUAAAUGGAUUUAAAGUAGGACCUAAGUCUUUAUUGGUAAAAGUUGAUCCUAAGACAGAGGAUUUGUUGAGUGAGUACAGAAAAAAGAAGGAAAAAGUUGGUGAAGAGGGUACUUUGGGAGCUACUUCUGAAGAGGUUGACCAGUCUACUCAACGCGAUGAUGAGACUGUGAAAACUGCGCUGGAAAACAUUAUAAAAGAAAAUGCGACUUUACUCGAGGAUGAAGGUGGUGCUAAAAAACAGGAUCUUUAUUUGGAAGGACCACGCCACCUAACUAUUGAGGAUAUGGAUCUUGACAACGAUCGUAAGGAUCUUAUAAACCGUGAGAUUGAGAGCUUCCGGAAGCGCAACGAGAUUAACAGUGUCAACUCAUUUUCUGAAUCCUUAUUUUGUGUCUGA